CGAUUGAAUGAAGAGUACCAACGCAUGGUGCAAGGUUUAAAAGAUGCGCUGGUGCAACGUGAAACCGAUAUGGUAAUGGCCAAUCCCGUACUGCCCGCAGAUGUGCUUGAGGAGGCUGUGCCCGGAAAUAUACGUAACGCUGACCAUUUCCUCAGCUUUCUGCGUCGAUUUGUAGAGUAUAUUAAAACACGUCUACGUGUACAUCAUGUUGUGCAGGAGUCACCCGCUGGUUUCCUAAAGGAUGUAGCUACGAAAAUUUGCAUCGAACGUAAGCCAUUGCGUUUUUGUGCCGAACGACUGGCCAGCCUGCUGCGAACAUUGGAAAUUAACGACAUGACAGAAUAUGGCGCGCUGACAUUGAUAACACAUUUUGCUACUUUAGUUUCUACCUAUACCAAAGGUUUCACAAUAAUUGUAGAGCCUUUCGAUGAUAAAACGCCGACCGUAAUAAAUCCCAUACUGCACUUUAGCUGCUUGGACUCUUCCAUAGCCAUGGCGCCUGUGUUCAAACGCUUUCAAACGGUCGUAAUUACAUCAGGCACACUUUCGCCUAUGGACAUGUAUCCGAAAAUUUUAGACUUCGACCCAGUUAUAAUGAGUUCAUUCACAAUGACGCUGGCACGUCCUUGUUUGCUGCCAAUGAUUGUUUCGAAGGGCAAUGAUCAGGUGGCGAUUUCCUCGAAAUUCGAAACACGUGAGGAUACAGCAGUCAUACGCAACUAUGGCCAAUUGCUGGUGGAGACGGCGAAGACAGUUCCCGAUGGCAUUGUUUGUUUCUUUACUUCUUAUCUCUAUCUUGAGUCCGUAGUCGCUUCGUGGUAUGAUCAAGGCAUCGUGGACACCUUACUGCGGUAUAAGCUGUUAUUUAUUGAAACACAGGACAAUGCUGAAACAAGCUAUGCGCUUAUGAACUAUGUUAAGGCAUGUGAUUGCGGCCGCGGCGCUGUGUUAUUAGCCGUAGCGCGCGGUAAAGUAUCUGAGGGUGUGGAUUUUGACCAUCAUUAUGGCCGUGCCGUACUUAUGUUUGGCAUUCCCUAUGUCUAUACACAGUCGCGCAUACUUAAAGCGCGUCUUGACUAUCUGCGCGAUCAAUUUCAGAUAAGAGAAAAUGAUUUUCUCACCUUCGACGCAAUGCGUCAUGCGGCGCAGUGCGUGGGACGCGCCUUGCGUGGUAAAACCGAUUACGGUAUUAUGAUCUUUGCUGACAAGCGCUUUUCGCGUCAAGAUAAACGUAGUCGCUUGCCCAAAUGGAUACAGGAACAUUUAGUGGAUAGUUUUUGUAAUUUAAGCACAGAAGAAGCUAUGCAGUUGGCACGACGUUGGUUACGACGCAUGGCACAGCCAUUUACGCGUGAAGAUCAGUUGGGUAUAUCGCUGUUGACUUUGCAACAAUUGGAGAAUUCUGAGAAGGAGAAAUUAGAGCGGCAGGCGCAAGGCAAGGAAGGCGUGGGCGGGGAAGUGAUGGAACUGUGAUGCGGAGGAAGGGCUGAGCCAGCUGAAUGGACGAAAACAUGCAAUUCGUGCAAAAUCCAUUAAAUUUUGUUAUUAACGCUCUACCCAAAGUGGUAGGAUUUCGUAAUUCAAUAAGA